CCCGACCAGGGAUUGAACCCGUGACCCCUGCAGUGGCAGCACAGAGUCCUAACCACUGGACCGCCAGGGAAGUCCCCAGACCUCCUGUACUUCUGACUGACCAUCAAGACAUCGGGCUUUCUCAUGACCCCAUCCUCAGACUUGAUAAUUUGCUAGGAUGGCUUAUAGAACUGAGGGAAAUACUUACAUUUAUUGGUUUAUUAUAUAACAAAGGAUAUGAUAAUAGCCAAAUGAAGAGGUACGGAGGGCGAGGUCUGGAAGGGUCUGAGUACAGGAACUUCUGUCUUCACAAAGUUGGGGUGCACUACCCUCUCGCCAUGGGGAUGUGUUUAGCAACCAGAAGCUCUCUGAACCCCAUAGUUCAGGGACUUUUAUGGAGGCCUCAUCACAUAGGCAUGAUCGAUUAUUACCUGAGUCUCCAGGCCCUCUUCUCUCCCCAGAGGCAGUGGGGGACUGGGGCUGAAAGUUCCAAACUUCUAAUCAUGGCUCUGUCUUUCUGGUGACCAGCCAGCAUCCGGGAUCCCACCAAGAGUCGCCUCAUUAGAACAAGAGACUCUCCUAUCACCCAGGAAAUUCCAAGGAGUUUAGGAGCUUAAUGUCAAGAACUGGGCUCAAAGACCAAAUGUUAGAAUAAGAUUCUCCUAGCACCCCUGUUACUUGGGAAAUUACAAGAGUUUUAAGAGCUCUGUGUCAGCAAUGGAGACAAAGACCAAAUAUAUUACAGUUGACCCUCGAACAGUGUGCAGGUUAGGGGCGCAGACCGUCCACGCAGUGGAAAAUCCAAGUAUAGCCUUACAAUCGGGCCUCCGUAUCCAAGGUUCCGCAUCCUCGGAUUCAACCAACCUCGGAUCGUGUAGUGCUGUCAUAUUUACCAUUGAAAAAAAUCCACGUGUAAGUGGACCUGUGCAGUUCAAACCUAUGUUGUUCAAGGGUCAACUUUAUUUCUUGUUAUAUCACAGUAUCACAGCUGUAAACAUGUCCUUCAUCCUGAUGUGAUAUAAUCAAGAACGCAGGCUUUUGAGCCAAACUUCCUGGGAUCAGAUCCCAGCCCUGCUACUAACUGGUCAUAUAUCCUUGGGCAGCUACCUAGCAUCUCCGAGCCUCAGCCUGUCACUUUAAAGUCAAGAAGCUAACUGCUACCUUUUAGGGUAGUGAUGAGGAACAAAUGAGGUAAUGCAAGUAAAAGCAUCAACUCUUGGGGGUCCCCGUUGGCUGGUGGCUGUCACAGAAGGGAGUGGGAGGCCUUGCUCUCUUUCCCCAUUUUACAAACAGAACUGAACACCAGACCGCGAACGGGGCCCCUUCCCCUGGAUUCCUGACCCACCUGCAAUCCAGCAACUCAACUGAUGGAGAGGCAUUUGACCUAGAGGGAAGAGGCCCGGCAGAAGGGACUCGCUGAGCCACCCCCGCUCUGCUCCAUGUUGGCUGUGCUCUCAGGCUGGCGCCAUGCCCCCCCCAGCAGAGGUGACAGACCCGUCCCAUGCCCCCGCCGUCCUGCGCCAGCUCAAUGAGCAGCGGCUCCGUGGCCUCUUCUGUGACGUCACCCUCAUAGCCGGAGACACCAAGUUCCCUGCUCACCGCAGCGUCCUGGCUGCUUCUAGUCCCUUCUUCAGAGAGGCCCUGCUCGCUUCAGCCCCACUGCCCCUCCCACCAAUUACUGGGGGCUCUGCCCCCAACCCUGCCUCCACCACAGCUUCUUCCUCCUCCUCCUCCUCCUCCUCUCCCCCUCCACCCUCACCUCCCGCUUCAUCCCCACCCCGGGUCCUGGAGCUGCCAGGGGUCCCAGCAGCUGCCUUCUCUGAUGUCCUCAAUUUCAUCUACAGUGCCCGGCUGGCACUACCUGGUGGUGGAGGGGACGGGGCAGCCGUGGCAGAGAUCGGCGCUCUGGGGCGGCGUCUGGGCAUCUCCCGCCUGCAGGGCCUGGGGGAGGGAGGUGAUGCCUGGGCACCUCCUGCCCCAGCCCCCAUGGCCACCUCGCAGCCUGAAGAAGACAACUUCGGGCCUGGGCCUAGGCCAGCUGGGGAGUGGGAGGGUGACAGGGCUGAGGCCCAGGCCCCUGACUCACAGCCUCCCCUGCCCCGGCGGCCCCUCCCUUGCCCCCGAUGUGGGAAAAGCUUCAUCCAUCCCAAGCGGCUGCAGACCCAUGAGGCACAGUGUCGUAGGGGGGCCAGCACUCGGGGGUCUGCAGGGCUGGGAGCCGGGGGCUCUGGCCCCAGUGGCCCUUCAGGAGUGGACGCCUCAGCCCUGCCCCCACCAGUGGGCUUCCGAGGUGGUCCCGAGCACGUGGUGAAGGUGGUGGGCGGCCACGUGCUGUACGUGUGCGCGGCCUGUGAGCGUUCCUACGUGACCCUGUCCAGCCUGAAGCGGCACAGCAAUGUACACUCGUGGCGGAGGAAGUACCCCUGCCGCUACUGUGAGAAGGUGUUCGCCCUGGCUGAGUACCGUACCAAGCACGAGGUGUGGCACACCGGGGAACGCAGGUACCAGUGCAUCUUCUGCUGGGAGACCUUUGUCACCUACUAUAACCUGAAGACCCACCAGCGAGCCUUCCAUGGCAUUAGCCCGGGCCUCCUAGCCAGUGAGAAGACGCCCAAUGGAGGCUAUAAGCCCAAGCUCAAUACCCUCAAGCUGUACCGCCUGCUCCCCAUGCGGGCGGCCAAGCGGCCCUACAAGACCUACAGCCAGGGAGCCCCCGAGGCCCCCCUUUCUCCGAGCCUCAACACUCCGGCCCCUGCGGCAAUGCCGGCCAGCCCACCACCCGGACCCCCACCUGCCCCAGAGCCUGGCCCCCCACCGUCUGUCAUCACUUUUGCCCACCCAGCUCCCUCUGUCAUUGUACAUGGGGGUAGCACCAGUGGUGGAGCAGGGAGUGGGCCGGCCAGCGCAGGGGGGGCCCAAGCCGCCUCAGUCAUCACUUACACUGCUCCGCCACGGCCCCCCAAAAAACGUGAGUACCCACCUCCUCCCCCUGUGCCUGCAGCUGCCCCCGCCAGCCCAGCCCCAGCCGGCAGCCCAGCCACAGCCACGGAGGAGGCCAAGGGCCGGAACCCACGGGCCACAAGGACUCUGACCUACACGGCCAAGCCAGCUGGUGGGCUUGGCGGGGGCGGGGGUCCCUCUCAGCUGCAGGCUACACCUCCACUGUGUCAGAUCACUGUACGAAUUGGUGAGGAGGCUAUUGUCAAGCGCCGCAUCUCAGAAACUGACCUGCGUCCUGGGGAGCUGAGCGGAGAGGAGAUGGAGGAGAGCGAGGAGGAGGAUGAAGAGGAGGACGAGGAGGAGGACGAGGAGGAUGAGGAGGACGAGGAGGAGUCGAAGGCUGGCGGGGAGGACCAGCUCUGGAGGCCCUACUACUCGUACAAGCCCAAGCGCAAGGCUGGAGCCGCAGGCCCGGGCAGCAGCGGGGGCGGCGGGAUGCCCAGAGGCCGCCGGCCGCCUCGCUGGAGACAGAAGCUGGAACGGAGGAGCUGGGAGGAGACCCCGGCGGCCGAGGGCCCCGCAGGGCGUGCCCGUGGCGAGCGGAGGCACCGCUGCGGGGACUGUGCCCAGACAUUUGCCACCCUGAGGAAGCUGCGCAAGCACCAGGAGGCCCACGGCGGGGGCUCCCACAACUCUCGGGCUGGACGGAAGCCUUCCACCCGCUUCGCCUGCCCUCACUGCGCCAAGGUGUGCAAGACGGCAGCCGCCCUGAGCCGCCACGGGCAGAGGCAUGCUGCCGAGCGGCCCGGGGGUACCCCCACGCCUGUCAUUGCCUACUCCAAGGGCUGCGUUGGCACCCGAGCUGGGGACGUCAAGGAGGAGGCUCCCCAAGAGAUGCAAGUCUCCUCAUCCAGCGGGGAGGCGGGUGGCGGGAGCGCUGCUGCUGAGGAAGCUUCCAAAACCGCCUCACUCCAGGACCCUGUCAUCUCAGGGGGGGAGGAGCCCUCAGUGGUGGCAGGAGGGGGUACCUAUGCAUACCCACCCGUGCAGGAAUUUCCACUGGCUCUGAUCGGGAGCGGCCGGGAAUCUGGCAGUGGCAGGGGAAAAGCUGGGAGUGAGGGGCCAGUGGGAGCUGGGCGGGGGGACCGGAUGGAGGGGAUGGGGGCUGCCAAAGUCACCUUCUACCCUGAGCCCUACCCACUCGUCUAUGGGCCCCAGCUUCUUGCCGCCUACCCUUACAACUUCAGCAACUUGGCCGCUCUCCCAGUUGCUCUUAACAUGGUCCUACCUGAUGAGAAGGGUGGGGGGGCCCUCCCCUUCCUACCAGGGGUCUUUGGCUACGCAGUCAACCCUCAAGCAGCACCCCCUACCCCCCCAACUCCACCGCCCCCAACUCUCCCUCCACCAGUCCCCCCUAAGGGAGAAGGGGAAAGGGCAGGGGUUGAAAGAACCCAGAAGGGAGAUGUGGGGUGAGCUCUGGGCCCAGAUCCCCCCUUUCACCAGAUGCCACCCUCCCUGAACCCCUGCCACUACCAGCUCCCUGGCCUCCCUGCCCCUUGGGAGCCCCUCCACACUCUUGUGCAGGGACUUGGGGGCCUCUGGAGCUCAGGGGUCAGGCUGCUUUGUGUGAGACUGUAGUUUUCCCACCACCUGGGAAGGGAUCUUUGGUGGUUCCCCUCUCAGUUCUCCUCCAGGGAAUGGCCUCCGUGAGGGGCAGGGCCAGCUCCCAUCCCUUCUCCAGCCCUUGGGGCAACUGAGCAAUAUACUUAAAUGAAUCUCUACUCAUAGCCCCCACCAGCUCUGAAUGUCUAACCCGCCCCCCUGAUUCGUAAACCUAGGGGGAAACCAUCUCUCUCACCUAAUGUUCCCCCCUCGUUCUGAAGCUUUCUCUAAGCCCUUGCCCAGAUGCUUCCCAGCACAUUCCAUCCUUUGUGGCCCAGGGCCUGGACCAGACCAUUGUGAUACCUGACACUUACUCACCUGGGAGUGUGGCUUUGGAGUCCAUUCUUCCCGACGGUGGGUUUCUGUGCCCAUUUCCUUCACAUUAAGAUGCCAUCCCUUCCUUGGCUUCCAUGCCUUUGGAUCUUCCAUAUUCCUCCUUAUACUCCUAGACUCUGGAGAUGGCCUCUCCCAUCCAGGUCAAGGAGGUGCUGGGGGGAGGGCUACCUAUCUGUUCCAUGGCUGAGUACUUUCCCAGCCCAGGGCAGCACCAAUCUCAGCCCUACUUUGACCCUCAAAUCUAGUGAGCCCCAGACUCUUCCAAGGCAAAAGAAGUAGGUAGAUUGCACCUCUUCCUGCCUCUACAUAUGGCCUCUUCUGGGCUAAACCAGAUUUGGGGGCCAGGAGGGAGGAGCUCUAUAUGGGAUGGGGAAGGGAAUCUACUUUCUCCCUGUUUUUUUCCCCGAUGGUUUCUCCCAGACUAGACCAAAUAGCCAGAAAAAUGGAUGGGGGUUGGAUGGGUGGGUAAGCCCAAGAUUUGCACAUGACCUCCCAUCCUUACCUUAACCCCCUUUUUCCCCCAGUAUCACUUCCCUCACCAAUCACUCCAGAUGGUUUUUGGUGAACCAUCCUACUCCCUUGGUGGGCUUUGGGGUAUCCCCACCAACUUUCCCUGCAAAAUAGCACCUUACACCCCAUCUUUGACUCAGUUCCCCACACCCAAAGAUCCCAGCCUAGGGAUGGGGUACAGGGACCUUAUAAGUCCCUAAUCCCUAAUUUGCACUAGUUAACCCUGGUCAGGGGUCCCUAUGUUUCCUUCCAGUGGGGGAGUUGAAGAAAUGUUUGCUCCUAAUUCUCUUUGAUAACUGGGCCUCCCCACUCUGUGAUUGGAUGAACAUUUUCCAUCCACCCACCUCCCCCCCCCAGAAAAAAAAAACCAACAGCUCACGAGGGGAGAGCCAGUUUGGGGGAGCAAAUUUGAAAAAUGGGAAUUAGAGGAGUGCAGUUUAAAAAGGGGAAAAGUUGUCAUCCAAAUGGCAGCCUUUUUCUCAGCUACUGUUUUUUGGGGCCAAGAUGGCUGCCCUCUCAACUGAUGCUGAAAGGGCAAGAUCAUGGCUUUUGGAGGGAGGGGGUUUGGGGGGAGGGACAGGAUCAACCUCCUGCCUCUUCUCACCCUCCCAGCAUACGGAAAGGGGAGGUUUUCGACAGGCUCCCUGAAUGUUAACCACGGAGGAGUGUCGCUCCUUCACUCCUCCUCUGUCUCUUUGCACUUUUCUUGGUCUUGGCCACAGUCCGAGUGAAGAGUUUCCUACUGAAUGUACCAUACCGAGUUCCAAUUUUUAA